GACAAUCCCGGCUGAAGGAACAUACAAUAUGUGGGGCAUUUUUUUGACAGGAUUCUUCUCAAACAAAGUCAAGUGAAUGGAUCUAUGCUGAAAUGUGCGCUGGGUUUUCUAGAGUGUUUCUGACCACGGAAGCUCAGUUUGGGGCUAAGAUGUGUGGCGACAGUAGUGCAUACCUGCGGAGGUGGCUGCUCGUGAUGAUGUUGAUCCUGGCUGCAGCGCCGUCUGCAGUCGGUGGCUGCCCAAGAUCCUGUCUCUGCUCGGUUCCCUCAGAGGUCCACUGCACCUUCAAAUAUCUGACCACAAUCCCAGGCCAAAUCCAGCCACAGGUGGAGAAACUCAACCUUGGGUAUAACAGCAUAACGCUCUUGAGAGAAGGAGACCUUUCUGGACUGAAGAGAUUAGAGCAGCUGUUGCUUCACAGCAAUACAGUCCACAAGGUCGAGGACGGAGCGUUUGAAGACCUCAAAUCAUUACAGGUCCUGAAGAUGUCGUAUAAUAAAAUAAAGGAACUCAAUAAAGACACAUUCAAAGGCCUGGAGAGUUUGCUGCGACUCCAUGUGGACCACAACGACAUUCAUUUCAUCAACCCAGAGGCCUUCAAUGGUCUCAACAAUCUACAGCUGCUUAAUCUUGAGGGAAACCAGCUGCAGCAGCUUCACCCUGACACCUUCACCACUUUAAGACACAGUCAAGUCUUCAAAGUGUCCUCGCUGAGGACCAUCCAGCUGUCGGACAAUCUUCUCACACGUCUGCCUGAGAAUAUCUUUUCAGGAUGCACUCAGCUGGAGAACCUCUUUCUUCAUGGCAACCAUUGGAGAUGUGACUGUCACAUGAGCUGGUUUCCUGCAUGGACGCAGAGAAACAGAGGUCUUCUCAAAUGCAAACGGGACAGAAGGUACCCAAGAGGGCAGGUGUGUCCGGUCUGCGAGAAGCCCUCAUUACACCACAACAAACCCUUGUCUCUCCUCCCGGCGGAUGCCUUCACCUGCUCCACACCUUGGAUCCAACAGCCCGCGAGACAAAAAAACACAACCCUUGAGCAGGGGGACUUUAUUUCACUUCACCCCAAAGACUUUAUCGCUCCACUUGGCUCCACUCAAAUGAACUUCACCGAUCAGUUUGGAAAUGAUGCAAGCUUGUCCUGCACUGUCCAGAAACCCAACAAGUUUGAGAAUCUUACUCUCACACCGGAGGACGGCGGAGGUGCCAAUAUAACUAAGCUCUCUGCGAGUAUUACAAGCUACCUGGUGUGCAAUGUUGACAGUCACAACAUCCAGCAGUUGUGGCAGAUCCUGGCCGGCUACAGCGACUUCCCUUUGAGAUUAGAGAGAGGCUCGAUGCUGGCUGGAGGCCCAGAAAUGGUGUACAAGUACGCCCAGAUAAAACAGGAGGAGGGGAUGUACGGCAGUAUUGAGGCUGAAGUUAAAGCUGUCCCGGCCUGGUUGAUGCAGAGUGAGAUCAACCUGCAGCUUGAUCGUACGACUACUACCUAUUCCACCCUGCAUAUCAAGUACCAAUCUGAGGUCAACCUCCGUGUGGAAACCUCUUUGCCGAAGAAGGAUCGAUACUCCUGGGCCAUUAUAAAGAGAGACAACUUGACCAAGACGGAACAUGCAGCUUUGUCAGGUGGUGUGGCACAAUUAACAUGCCAGAUUCAGGGUGACCCAACACCUUUUCUCGAAUGGAUUCUUCCUGAUGGAAGCAAGGUCCGGGCACCGUACAGCAGUGAAGACAGGAGGAUCAUCAUUUCCGCUGAAGGGAAGCUAACACUGCGUGGCGCUGAUAGCUCAGAUUCAGGUCUCUACUUCUGCAUCGCUACAAACUACCUGGAUGCAGACAUUCUCGUUCACCGGUUAACAGUUCUGCCUUCUUACGUCGAAGACGAAGAGUUCAAUGGUGGUCAAGUCCCAAGGCAACUUGGAGAGAACCUUGCUCUCGAUUGUAUCACCACAGGAAGUCCGGAAGCGUCAGUCCAGUGGAUCCUCCCUGACCAGACCAUACUGGACAAGUCCCUAGGAAACAGGAAGGUGUUUGAUAACGGAUCCCUGCUCAUAGAGGGACUAACUGCAAGGGAUAGAGGGCUUUAUAGGUGCUUGGCAGCUAACUACUUAGGGGUAGACAUGUUUGUUUCUCAGGUAACAGUCGAAGCUUCAGAUUCAGUGAGAGUUGGUGAAGGGGAAGGAUCAGGAUUGGAACUAUCUAUAAAGGAGGAUGCCAGCAAGAGCAACGAGGACAUGACAUCACCUGCGCACUUAGACAGAACAAGUCAAGAGUCCAGGAUGAUCACUUCAGAUCGCCCAUAUCCCAGACUAAGAGGUGAAGAACGUUCGCCCAAAAGAUUGAGACAGAGAGGCAGGGGGACUUUUCGAAACAGACACAAUUGGAGAAGUCGGCUCUUCACUAAAGCAAGCAAAGAUCUUGACCGUGAGACAUUUGCCAAGUUUAUGAAGCAGGCAGAGGAUCGUGCAAACGCAAGGAGUGCAACAGGAGGAGAAAACACAAAGUAUGUUCCCUCCACGGAUGAUGAUACGGGCUCUGGUGACCUUCUCAGAGAAGAUGGGGUGAUUAUUGUGCAUUCAACGCUUAAGCCAAUAAUAACUGCACCACAGGGACACGGGAGGGAGGAGGGAGAAACAAUCACAAGUUAUGUGGCAGAGGAUAAGCCAUCAGUUCACAUGAGGAAGCAAAUAAGCAAUUCAGUUGACUUCGUUCAUAUUUCAGAGACCACAAAUGUACAAACAACAGCUUCCUCUCUUCUGCCACAAACAAGACCCACGGUGACACAGAAGGAAAUAAUAAAAAGUGAUAUGGCUGUGGUUCUCAACACAAACUCACAUAGCACACUGAUGCCCGAUGUGAAUGGAAGAUCUCAUUUAUAUGGAAGAGAUAAUGCAACCGAGCCGCCCAGCCUAAAUUCUCCAGCUAUUGCAGCAGGUUCUUCGCUGCUUAUCUAUUCAGAAGAGCAGCCGCAACAAUCAGACUCAACUACGCAGUCAGCACUUACAUUUACGAGUGAUCCUCGUGUCACUCCGAUGAUGGACGACCCAGGCAGAGUGAAUGUAGUCGUUCACACAGACCCCGAAAACAAAAGGACUUUCACUGCUGUUACCACGACAGAGGGACAACAAGAGCAGAUCACCUUCCACACAAUGCAAACAAUCAAGUCCUCACAUCUGCCUCCAGGAUCCACCAUCAUCUCCCAGCAGCAGAUUCACAUAAUUCCGAAAAAGAGUCGGAAACGCGGAGGACGUAGGAAGUCUCUCCAAAGCCAGAGAAGACUCAUUAAGCCGAACAAAAUCUCCGACAUCCAGUCUAUCAUCAAUAAAAUACAGCAGGCCACAAUAAAGGAGAGAAAUUCUACGAUAUCCUACACCAUCAGACUGACCACAGAUGCUGCUCAUGAUGAUGGCAAACCUGACCAGAGUCAACAGAUGAAGACAACUGAGGCUCCGACUUCAGGAGCAACCCCUUCACAAACAGCAACUACAGAGUCGGUAGCUACUAAUGCACCCAUCACCUCUGCAUAUUUUAGACCAAAGAAAGAGUCGACUACUUCAACCACACCUACUACCACGAGGCCCCCAAAGAGAGUACGUGGAGAUAUGACGUCAACCAGGACACAAGCUGAGGUUCAAACUACAACAAGGUCUCCAACUCCAUCAACACACUUCACAACCUCUGAGCAGGUAUCCACUGAACCAAUGGACGUUUUUGCAUCCAGAACAGAGAGCCUAUCAGGUGAUGGACUGUGGCGGCGUGUCACAACAGAUAUGCCUGGUGUUCAGCACAUGACAACAACAAGCUCAACUACAACAGUGGAACCACCAUCAGAGUUGGAGACGCUUCCCUCCCCUCCUACUGUCAAACCGUCCACAAGUGAAUUCCCAGAUGAGGCCUCAGCUUCUGGGUCUGGUGGACUCCCAAGUGAUUGGUUAAUAACCAGCACGAAACCUAAGAAAACACAGCGGUUUAAAGGACCCAACAGAAAAGUCAAUAUUGGAAGACAAACGAUCCCAGAGUCCUUGAUCACAGAAACAACAAAGACAGAGACUAGAAAGUGGACCACUGCAAAACCUCAGCUGGUCGACAUUAACCGACCUGUUUAUCCCAAACAAAUGCCAGAGCAGAAGACAGACACUGAAGACGCAGACUCAAAGAGGAGAACCAAGCCCCCAAUGGACUACACAACCACAAUGUUUCCAUCAACUUCAAAAGGCUUCUACACAAGUGUGAGGAACCGUAUUUAUGUCAGGCCAACCAAACAGGCGACCCGCGAUCACAGGAAAUCCAUAAUAACAAACACAUCUACGGCACAAACCACUGAUACAUCCAGCAGUGCGCAGAAGGAGCUUGACAAAAGUAUUGUAUCUAAAGCAGAGCGAGAACACACCAGAGAGUCCAAAAAAAAAGACAGACACAGUGUGAUCUCCAGAGUAACUGGCAGUGCACCAUCCAACACACAUGUUUCCCACUUUGAAACCACUACACAUGCAAUGACAAACAAGCCCAGAAUAGUUGGUGGAAAUGCUGCCAGCUUCACAGUCUUAUCAAAUUCAGACGCAUUCCUGCCAUGUGAAGCAGUUGGGUAUCCCAAACCGGAUGUAUCCUGGAAGCGCUUUUCUCCACGAACAGGAAGCACAGUUGACAUUGAUGGAUCAAAGGGGAAGUAUUGGAUUUUGGACAAUGGCACACUGUCAAUCCAGAAUGCCAACAUUCAGGAUCAAGGGCAGUACCUCUGUCUGGCUCAGAAUAGCCAUGGAUCAGAUAAGCUUUUCGUCACCCUUUCGGUGGUGGCCUACCCCUCACGAAUCCUGGAGCCAAAAAUCCGUGAAAUGAAACUCCAUGCGGGAAACACAGCGACGAUGGACUGUAAAGCCGAAGGGCGGCCCACACCUGUGAUAUCGUGGAUUUUGGCCAACCAAACUCAAGUCAAAGAGCAAAGCGCAUCUUUCGGUAGAGCAGCUGUGAUUGCUGGAGGCGCGCUUGUCAUUGAAAAUGUGUCAGUAUUCGACCGAGGCUUGUACAAAUGCAUCGCCAGUAAUCCAGCUGGAGCCGAUACUGUGACUGUCAGGCUUCAGGUGGUCGCAGCGCCUCCAGACAUCUUAGAGGACAAACGCCAGCAAGUGAAAGUCGCUGUACGUGGAAGCGUGUGGUUGCCCUGCACAGGCAAAGGUAGCCCUGUUCCUGCCAUUCAUUGGGUGCUCCUCGAUGGGAAAGUGGUUCAGCCUAUCAGAUCACCAAGAGACGCACGAGUUACAGUCUUUAACAACGGAACUCUUCUCAUCAAGGACGUUACUCAAAGAGAUAUGGGUAAAUAUGAAUGCAUUGCUACCAGCUCCACUGGCUCAGAGCGAAGAGUGGUUUCUCUGACUGUGGAAAAACAAGAAUCUGCACCUCAAAUUGUGGAGAUAUCCCAGCGUGUAACUGAGUUAUCCUUCGGAGACCAGUUGAAACUCGACUGCGCUGCUACCGGGGAACCUAAACCGAGGAUCUUUUGGAGGCUUCCUUCCAAAGCUGUGGUGGACCAAUGGCACAGGAUGGGCAGCAGAAUCAAGGUCUUGGAAAAUGGAACAUUGCUUAUACACAAUGUCAUUGAUAAAGACGAUGGAGACUAUCUUUGCGUGGCAAGGAGCAGAAUAGGAGAUGACCUGCAACUUCUAAAGGUCAGAGUGUCGAUGAAGCCUGCUAAAAUAGAGGCCAAGCUCUAUGAUAAGAAGCAAGUGACCUACGGCAAUGACUUGAAGGUUGAUUGUAAAGCUUCUGGAGCUCCCAAACCUGAAAUCUCCUGGGGACUCCCUGAUGGGACUGUGGUCAACAAGGCUUUACAGGAGGACGCCAGUGCUGGCGGAGCCCGGCAGCGGCGCUACACGCUCUUCGACAAUGGAACGCUCUACCUGAAUCAGGUUGGACUGUCAGAGGAAGGAGACUACACCUGUUUCGCUGAGAACCAAGUAGGAAAAGAUGAGAUGCAUGUUCACAUCACUGUGGUGGCUGCUAUCCCGAAGAUUCUCCAACCGAGCCUGACACAUUUAAAGGUCAAGCCUGGUGGAAACGUUCGCUUUGACUGUGAAGCUGUUGGAGAACCGAAACCCAAAAUUUUGUGGAUGCUUCCUUCGAAUGACGUUAUUGCAGCAUCUAAUGAGCGGUACCUCAUGCACGUCAAUGGGUCGCUGGACAUAAGAGACGUCAACCUUUUUGACGUGGGAGAGUAUGUUUGUAUAGCUCGGAACCACGCAGGUGAGGCCAACAAAGUGUUUAAACUUGACGUCGACGGAAACCCACCAGUGAUUAACGGCUACCGGCAGAACAGAACUGUAAUCAAAGACUAUGCAACCAAGUAUUCUAGAAAGCUGAUAGACUGCCAGGCCGAAGGUAACCCCACUCCCAGCAUCACAUGGAUAAUGCCAGAUAAUAUCUUCUUAAAAGCACCAUACUUCGGUAGCAGGAUUAUUGUCCAUUAUAACGGAACUUUGGAAAUACGAAACGUCCGCCCGACUGAUACAGCUGAGUUUAUUUGCCUAGCUCGGAACGAUGGCGGGGAGGCGGUCCUGGUUGUUGAGCUUGAGGUCACCCAUAUGAUGAGAAGGCCGAUUUUCCAGAACCCGUUUAAUGAGCGUGUCUCUUCAAGUGUUGGGAAAUCCAUUAUUCUAAACUGCUCCGCUGAUGGACAUCCGAAACCGGAGAUCAUCUGGACCUUGCCGGAUGGAAAACGGUUAACUAGUGUCCACGUUAAUUCCUCUCAUCAUCACCUAGGACCUGAUGGGAGUUUGGUCAUUCACAAACCUCAAAUAAGGGAUGGCGGUAAAUAUCGCUGCGGUGCGAAGAAUAUGAUGGGAUACAUUGAAAAGUUAAUCAUUCUGGAUGUGGGAGCAAAACCGUACAUUCUGUCGCGCCCAAGAGGAAUCAUUCGUGGUAUGUUUGGAGAAACUCUGGUUCUCCAUUGUUUGUCUGAUGGGACUCCCAGGCCGAGUAUAUCCUGGACGAUGCCAGGAGGACACACGCUUAUAGUCCCUCAAGUGUAUGGGCGUCACCAGUUGUUCGAAAACGGCACUCUGGUUGUCCGGGACACCACGCUUCUUGACAAGGGCAACUAUAUCUGCAGGGCCCGAAAUGAAGCUGGACUGGCUGCACUGACCGUUCCCGUUAUGAUCGUCGCAUACCCUCCGCGCAUCACAACGGCCCCACCGCCAAAUGUUCAAGUCGUGGCCGGGACGCCAACACUGCUGAACUGUGUUGCCAGUGGGAUUCCAAAGCCAGAGAUCACAUGGGAGAUGCCCGAUCAUUCAGUUCUCUCAAUAGCUAACCAGGCGAAACCUUUGAGCAACAGAGCGAUUAACCGUCACGGCUCUCUGGUCAUUCAGAGAUUUACAGUAUCAGAUGCCGGCACAUACAAAUGCUUCGCCAAAAACCAAAUAGGUACGGAUUUGAAGGCCACUUAUGUCCAUGCCCUCUGAUGAUGUCAUAAGGGACCAAAGAAAUGUCUUGUAUUCUGAAAGAAACCAGGUACCAGAGAACAAUACUCUGAUUCAGUCUGAUAAUCUCCAAUAUGAUUUCCAUUAUUGAACUUCUGGAGAUUUGUCGGUAGACGCGAAAACAAUGACAUGAUCUUGAAAGUGGACAAAAAAUUCCAAAAAUUUGUCCCAGGGCGUUGAUGAUUUCUCCAAUAAAAUUAUCAACAAAUAUACUUCUAAUUACUUUCAAACAUCAUUGAUUCAAAUAGGUAUUGAAAGUAUUUACAAACACAAAAGCCCAGUUGACAGUAUCACAACAGUAUUUCAUUACAUACAUAAGCAAAUCAAAGGAGCGAAACUGUAUUAAAAUUGUGAUUUCUCGCCUCCACAGUUCCUAGCAAAUACACAUUUUGUAUUCCACUCACUGUCAAACGUUAGAUUUUGCUUGUGUUGUUGAGUUGUUUUAGAGCCGAUAGCGAUGUUUGUUAGAGUGCAGGCAGUCUUCUACUGCUUCAGAUGGAGCGUUCCUUGAGAAAGCACUUCACUAGCUAACGCGAAUGAUAGGAUUUUAGUAGCUUGUCUUUGCCUGAAAUAGAUGGUUUCUUGGAAAUUAUUUUCUUUAUUUCAAAUGAACGCGCCCUCAUCUUUAAAAGAAAAAAAAAGCUCUUUUCAGCAGACAUUUGUGUCCUCAAAAUGCUUUUACAUUUACCACACUGGACACGGUUAAAACUGGAUAGACUGAUUAAAAUACUUAAUAUUUAUAUUUGAGCUAAUGUAAUUGUCUAUGGCCCAGGUUUAAUGAUGCUACCCAGUUUUUUAAAAAGUAUUUCCAGUUACCUUGGUGUUAUUUGCAAAGAGUUCAUGCUAUUGUGUUGUACACAAGAAUCUACAGUAAUGUUAUACAUUAUGCUUAUCUGUAAAAAUAAGGGUUUUCGCUUUUGUAGUACCUAUUUU